UCCGCAGGAACAACGGCGUUGGAUACAGUUUUAAGGACUUAACCGAGUUGGGAAUUAGCUACAACCUCCAACAUGCCGUCCAAGCCUGCCCCAAUCAAGAAGGCGGCUAAGAAAGAACCAGCCAAGAAGGAGGAGAAGGCUCCAGAGCCGGCUCCUGAGGUCGCCCCAGCCCCCGCUGAGGGCGAAGCUGCACCAGCUGAGGCGGCCCCUGCAGAGGGAGAGGCCCCUGCUGCCCCGCCAGCUGAGGAGCCCAAAGCACCCACCCCUCCACCCGCAGAUGCUGCUCCCACUGAUGAAGCUGCUGCUCCUGUUGCUGCAGAUCAGCCAGCCACUGAUGCUGCUCUGCCUGCUACAGAAGAAACACCAGCUGCUCCUGCUGAGGCCCCUGUUGAUGCUGCUGCACCCGCUACAGAAGAAACAUCUGCUGCCACUAAGGCCCCUGCUGAUGCUGCUGCUCCUGUUGCAGAAGAAACACCAGCUGCCGCUGCUGAGGCCCCUGCUGAUGCUACCACCGCUCCAGCCACAGAGGAAGCUGCUCCCGCUGCUGACUCCGAAGCACCUGCUGAUGCUGAAGCUGCUGAAGCGCCUGCACCAGAGGAGCCUAAACCACCCACACCUCCACCACCUCCACCCAAAGAGCCCACAAGUGUUCCACUGGAUCUGUUUGUUGAGGAUAAGAACGACACUUCAGUUACUAUCAUUUGGAGCCAGCCAGAGACCGUCGGACCAUCCGGUCUGGAUGGAUACACCAUUGAAGUCUGCAAGGACGGAACUGAGGACUGGAAAGCAGUCAAUGAGGACCUGCAGAAGUCCUGCCGCUACGUUAUCAAGAACCAGACCACCGGUGACCGCCUGAAGAUCCGUGUGGUGGCUGUGAAUGCUGGCGGCCGCAGCCCCCCUGUCACCCUCCCCGAGGCUGUCUUGGUCAAGGAAGUCGCUGAUCGUCCCAAGGUCCGCUUGCCUCGUUUCCUCAGGCAGAGAUACGUCGCUCAAGUUGGAGCUAAGAUCAACCUGACCAUCCCCUUCACAGGCAAACCCAAACCUGUGGUCACCUGGACAAAGAAUGGGCAGCCCCUGGACACAAAGAGGGUGAACAUCCGCAGCACUGACAGAGACAGCAUCCUGUUUAUCCGUGCAUCCGAGAGAGAUGACUCUGGAGUGUAUGAGAUGUGUGUGAAGGUGGAUGACUUCGAGGACAAGGCUUCACUCAUCCUUCAAAUUGUUGAGCUGCCAGGGCCUCCUGCCAGUGUAAAGAUUGUGGAUACCUGGGGCUUCAAUGUUGCCCUGGAGUGGACCCCACCCACCGACAAUGGAAACACAGAAAUCACAGGUUACACAAUCCAGAAGGCCGACAAAAAGACUGGAGACUGGUUCACUGUGUUGGAGCAUUACCAUAGACUGAAUGCCACCAUCUCUGACCUCAUCAUGGGCAACACCUACAAGUUCAGAGUGUUUUCUGAAAACAAGUGUGGAAUAAGCAACGACGCUACUGUUGCAAAGGAGGAGGCCAAGAUCACGAAGACAGGUAUUGAGUACAAGCCUCCUGAGUACAAGGAACACGACUUCACCGAGCCGCCCAAGUUCACCACCUCUCUGAAUGACAGAGCCACCACCGUCGGCUACAGCACCAAGCUGCUGUGCUCUGUCAGGGGAUGCCCAAAACCCAAGGUUACAUGGAUGAAGAACCAGAUGAUUAUUGGAGACGACCCCAAGUUCAGGCAGAUCUGCGUCCAGGGUAUCUGCUCUCUGGAGAUCCGCAAGCCUGGUAACUUUGACGGAGGUGUGUACUCCUGCAAAGCCAAGAACGAUCACGGAGAAGCAACUGUCAGCUGCAAGCUGGAGGUCAAACAGCCAGCGGUUGCAGAUGCAGACAAGAAAUAGGUCAACAUUCACAUUCUCACAGGUUGAUCUAUAUGUGUCCUGAGGUGACAUCUGCUGUGUCCAUGACUUACUUUCCAUACAUGGAGGGCACUAAACUUGGAAAAGGUGGCCUCUGCCUCUGAAAGAGUCCAAGAGGAGCAGAAGGAAUGAGGCCUUUGCAGCAUAAGGAAGGUGCUGGAUUCCUGGAAGAACAUGUAUAUAUGGCUGGUGACACUACCAAAGGGUUGUUGCCUGUGACCUCUUUCCGAGUGUUACCCUGUGUUAUGUUGAACAAUUGUUGUGGCUUUAUGCAUUUAUCACUACAUUAUUAAGUCCAUAUCCAUGUCCACAAUCAGCUUUUUCCCCAACGACACUCACACUCACUCUAUGGUAACUAAAUGAUCACAUGUUCCAAAUACUGUACCUCCCUAGUUUAUCAUCUUGUCAGUCUAACUAGGUGUACACCAAGAAUUUUACAGCAUGAAUUUACUGUUCCUCAUAGGACAACUACAUAACAUCUACAUGUUUAUACCAAUAAAUAAUUUAAUUUCUGG